AUGGCAGCAGUGGGCCAGUAUCCGAUCGAUAUAAGCGACCAGGUAUCUGUCCAGAGUAUCUCGGCGUCGUCGCUUGCCCAUUUAAUUAAUUAUUUUGGUUCUUUGGACGGAAAGGAUGGGACUCAACAGAAGUAUAUGCUUAAUGAUGAUGUUACCAAGGAAGAAGACCUUUCACUGCCAGAGGAAUAUGUGAACAUCACUAAAAGACAAAAACUUGAUGAGCUGCAAGGGUUUUCCAGCCAGCCGCUUCCAAAGGCGAAACCGAAGGGUCUUUCGUUUGAAGAGCUGGAUGCUAAACCUAUGCUGAAAGCUGUGAAUGGAGACAAACCACAUUGGCUCAAAAGGGCUUUUUCAAGCAGGUUCAGCACUUGGGCUUAUGAUAGAAAUUCACAAGCAAAGAGCGAAGGAAGCCCACUCGCUACGAGUCCUAAAGUGUUGGAGGAGUUUCCUAAAAUUCGAAUUCCUGGUCUUGAUAGCACUUCUCCAAGCUUUAACACCAAAGAGAGCGAAAGCAAGAAAAGGGCAGCUACACUUCCACGUCUUUCGCUUGUUAAAGAAGGCGGCAGUCCUAAUUUCAGGCCUUCACGGUCAAGGUCGCUUGCUGGGCGUGGACUCACUUCGCUUUUCGUGUCUUCCAAAACCCACGUUAUGCCUGACGAUCUUAUGGAGAAGACAGUGUUUCUGCCUUAUAAUCACGAACCGCAACCUAGCGAUUUUCCUUCAAUUAAGGACGUCGAAGAUAUUUCUGAAGGCAGAGCACAGUACUCUACGCUUCCACCACAGUGGCAUGGAUACAAGCAUGAAGACUUAAAGUCUUCUAUUGAAGAGUUCCAGCCAGCACGUACAAGAUGGGCUGAAUGGAAGAGAGCCAGGAAAGGUAUUCUGAUGCUUAAGGGUAAGCUCAAGCUGAGUUUCAGGCUGGGAACCAAGAAGUCCAUGGGGCUUAAAGUACGGUUCUUUUCUCCCAGUGGACUGCCCAGCGCAGGUAAGGGGAAUGUCGUGUCUACUGAGGAUGAAGUGGUGGAUACGAUGUUUUCGCCUUUUUCUGAGAGCAGUUCUGAGUUAAAGAUAUAUGUAUAG